AUGGCUGUCCAGAAGCCCAUCAGGUGCCCCACCAACGCCGAAGGGCUCUCCGGCGCGACGGACCCGCCUCCUGGGCUAGACGUUCUGCCGGCCGAGAUCCAUCUCCUGAUCAGUAAAGAGCUCACGUAUCCCGAUGCUCUCUCGCUCAAGCACACGUGCCGCUACUUUUACACCAUGGUCGACACCGGCAUCAUACUCAAGGCUACUCAUGCAGCGACGUCGAGAGCAUAUGGAAUGCGAGUCGCGGCCCGGGCUGGGAUGUCUGGUGUUCGGGACGAAUACAUGUUCUCAUCGUCCACAGCUCAGAAGUCGUUGGGCAAAGUGGCUGCGGACGCAAGUUACGCUUGA